GUGCAAACCUCGAAGACAUCAGCUCGAAUUUCUCCACUAAAGUACAUAAUGUCGUCGCCAACGGAGAGACUCGCUGCAACGGUAGCACACCUCUCCCCACUCAGUUUUUCUGCUUCUUCGUCCCCCCAGUUCCUUGUAAAGAAUAUUGCAGUCUUCGGGGCCGGUUUGAUGGGUACCGGAAUAGCACAGGUCUCGGCACAAAGUGGCUACAAGGUGGUGCUAUGUGACAUAGGUCAAGACUUGGUUGAAAAGGGCCUCGAUGAUAUCAUCAAAUCUUGGGCGAAGGCAGCUCAACGGAUGUUCAACGAUAAUCCCUUAAAGCAAGAUCAGUAUGUGCGGGAUCUCCGGAGCAGGAUCAAGACAACCACAGACCCCGAACAAGCCGCGGAAGACGCAGACCUCGUUAUUGAAGCCGUCAUUGAAAACCUCAAAAUUAAGCAAGAAUUGCUUUCCACUGUCGACAAAGCCGCGAAAAAGUCCUGCUUGCUUGCUACGAAUACAAGUAGCCUGUCUGUCACUGACAUUGGCGCUAUGCUUAGCGACGAGCGUAAGAAGCACUUCGGGGGUUUGCAUUUCUUUAAUCGUGACACGAAGAUGCAGCUUUUGGAAAUCAUACGAACAAAGGACACCUCGGACGCAACAUUCAAUGCCUUCAUCGAUUAUGGGAGGAAUAUCAAGAAGACAGCAGUCGCGUGCAAGGAUACUCCAGGGUUUAUUGUGAACCGGCUAUUAGUUCCGUACCUCCGCGAUGCAAUUCUGAUGCUUGAGCGGGGAGAUGCUUCGGCUGAGGACAUUGACACGGCGAUGAAGUUAGGUGCAGGCUACCCCAUGGGUCCAUUAGAAUUAGCAGAUCUCGUAGGGUUGGAUACCGCCAAACGUAUUGUUGACGCUUGGAGGGAGCGGAUGGAGAAGACAGAAGAUCCGACAAUUCCGAAGGAGAUGCUCAAGUCAUCGGAAUUGUUGGAUCAGUUGGUUUCGGCCAAGAAGCUGGGGAGAAAAACAGGCGAGGGGUUUUUCAAAUAUUGAUCAAUGAAAUUCCUUGGCCUAGACUCGAUAAGGACACCUUUUAUAGAUUUAGAUGAUGGUGCUUGUGCCUCUGAGAUGCGUUCUCCAUCAUGUUUGCAAAGUAACAACUAUGCCCAGUACCUUCUUUCGGUAAUAGGAUGUUU